AUGUGUACUUGGCUGACAAGGGUUCUUCGUAUUAUACUUAUCUACCGCACCCCUAGUUGCAAUACUGUCAAUUCCGUACAGCUUAUUAAAGUAAUCAGUGACUUUUCAUCCGUCAAAGACCCCUGCCUUGUUCUUGGCGAUUUUAAUCUUUCUGAUGUCGAUUGGAAAAACGGUUGUGCCAUGAAUGCCGAGAGAAUAUCUUCAUUAUCAACAUGUUUCAUUGAACUAUUCAACUCCCACGCUUUUAUGCAAAUGGUACCCUCUCCGACAAAAGGUCUUGUUUGCCAUAUCAAUGUAGUUCCACCUGUAGGAGGUAGCGAUCACUCGGCUGUUGAAUUCUCUCUGAAUCUCCAAGCUUUGAAGCCCCGUUUAGCCUGGAAACCAGAUUUCGGUGCUGCAAACUACGAUGAUAUUAUGGACUUAUUUGAUCGACCUAUUCUCACGUUCCUCCUAUUUGAAAAGAAUGAUCGAAACAUCGUGAAACCUGUGGAAAAGGCUGUCUCCAUUGGGUCAGAUGAUGAGUGGAACAAGUUCAAAAACUAUAGUAGUAAAUUGGACAAGAAGCUUCACAGAUUCUCAGAGUGUUUGGAGAAGAAGGUAAUAGAUUCUAGAAAUCCCUCUAAGCUAUAUAGUUAUAUAAGGUCUAGGAUUCAAGAUAGGAAGACUAUUCCUGCCCUCGUUGCCAGUGAUGGGGAUAGGGAAAUAGUCUUCACCGAUGAAGGGAAAGCGGAGGUUCUAGCACGACAGUUUCAGAAAUCAUUCGCAACUACCGCCACUGAUGUCAUCGAGGAUGGGGCAACCCCUCUUUUUCCUGUCAUGGAGCCAGUAGUUUGGUUUUACAGGGAAGACAUCGUUAAAAUUUUGUCUCGGUGGCCUAGCUCAACUUCGAUAACUCCUGAUUUCCUGCCUCUGAAAUUCAUAAAGAAG